AUGGCGCUGUCCGUGGCCGCCGCCGGCGGCGGCCUGGAGGCGGAGGGCGGCCCCUGGAGCCCGAUGGUGGCGUCGUUCCUCCACGGCCUGCACGACAUCCAGGACAGCACGCUGGGGUCCCUGCUGUCGGCGCUCAUCCAGCACUGCGAGCCCCCGCAGCGGAGCUUCCCGCUGGACCGCGGCCUGGCGCCGCCAUGGUGGCCGACGGGGCGGGAGGCCUGGUGGGGCAUGCAGGGCGAGGCGCAGGCGCACCAGGGCCCGCCGCUGUACCGGAAGCCCCACGACCUGAAGAAGGCCUGGAAGAUCUCGCUGCUGAGCGCGGUGAUCAAGUACCUGGCCCCGCGCUUCGACCAGAUGCGCAAGCUUGUGUGGCAGUCCAAGCGGCUGCAGCACAAGAUGAGCGCCAGGGACGCCGACACCUGGUCCAAGGUCAUCUCCCGGGAGGAGGCGCUCGACCGCCACGCGCAGCGCGCGCUGCAGAUCACGCCGCUCGACGAGGAGGAGGAGGACGAUGACGGUAGCCCCGACGCCGACGACGCUGGUGGUGGUGAUUCUCCGCUAGCCGCGGCAGCGCACGUCGAGAAGCGCAAGCGCAAGAUCAGCGGCGAGGGGGGCACGGGUAGUAGUAGCGGCGGCCUCGACGUCGGCAAGGAGAUGCUGGCGCUGCCAGACAUAGAUUGCGUGCCCGAUGCUGACCGCAGCUCAUCGACGAGCUCAUGA